AUGGAACUAAACGCAGCCCGGUCCUGCGCCAUCCCCGACAUCCAUUGCCUUCUGGAGGAGCAAGCCAGACUAAAGAAGAGGUUUCAGGAGCUGCAACAGCUGAAAAAGGAGUCUAGGAUUUCCCCUCAAGUCAAAGUCCCAUUUCCAGUGCCUGAGUUCCCUCUGGUAUUUAGAGGCCACACUCAGGGCAGGGAAGUGCCCAAGACUUCGCUUUCCAAUCUGCGCAUCUGCUGCCCUCUGCCUGGAGGCUCUGCUCUGGUUACCUUUGAUGACCCUAAGGUGGCUGAGCAGGUGCUGCAGCAAAAGGAGCAUAAGAUCAACCUGGAAGAGUGCCGGCUGCGGGUGCAGGUCCAGCCCUUGGUGCUGCCCACGGUGACCGCCAUCCAGGUGUCCAGUCAGACUAGUGGCCGGAGGGUGCUGGUCAGUGGGUUUCCUGCAGGGCUCAAGCUGAGUGAGGAGCAGCUACUGGACAAGCUGGAGAUCUUCUUUGGCAAGGCCAGCAACGGGGGUGGUGACGUGGAGAUUCGGGAACUGCUGCAAGGCGGUGUGAUGCUGGGCUUCACCAAAGAUGAAGUGGCCCACCGCCUGUGCCAGAUUGGCCAGUUCAAAGUGCCACUGGGUGGGCGGCAGUUCCUUCUAAGAGUCUCUCCCUACAUGAGUGGGAAGAUCCAGAAAGCUGAGAUCUGCUUCCAGCCAGUGCCCCGUUCAGUGGUGGUGCUCAACAUCCCUGACAUCCUGGACGGCCCGGAGCUGCACGAUGUCCUGGAGAUCCACUUCCAGAAGCCUACCCGUGGGGGCGGGGAGGUGGAGGCCUUGACAGUCGUGCCCCCUGGACAGCAGGGCCUGGUGGUCUUCACCUCUGAGUCCGGCUAG